CCUCAAGGCUGCCCCCGUUACCAGAUGAUGCCCCGGGUGGGAACUUAGAUGCAAGUUCAAAAAAAGUAUUGGCUGCUCUUAUGUGCAGUUGUCAGUUACCUGGGAGAAAGGGCCGGUGAAGGUCAAGACCAGCAUUAAGUGCAAGUGUUAGAACACUGGCUCUUUCUCCCAGCCUGUCUUUGGUGACCACUACAGCUCGGAGAGCUCACACACUUCUCAAAGCCUCAUUCUGUGGUUUGUCUAAAGCAGCGGUUCUCAACCUGUGGGUCGCGACCCCUUUGGCGGUCGAACGACCUUUCACAGGGGUCGCCUAAGACCAUCCUGCAGAUCAGAUAUUUACAUGACGAUUCAUAACAGUAGCAACAUGACAGUUAUGAAGUAGCAACAAAAAUAAUGUUAUGGUUGGGUCACAACAUGAGGAACUGUAUUUAAAGGGCCAGAAGGUUGAGAACCACUGGUCUAAAGAGUAAGUGCUCCUCUGCUGUCAAGAGUGCUUUGAAACGAUGAGUAGCUGUUCGUGUGCUCAGACACACGCACACCCUAUAAACAGAUGGAUGUAGUGGGGCCAUAACUUUACUUACAGGUCAGCUGAUGUGUGUGUAUAUGAUGUGUACAUAGGCACACAUGUAUAGACAUACAGUUCUUGUGUAAAUAUUUUUAUGUGUAUGUUGCGUAUGCACGUAAACAUAUACAUCUCUGCAUUGGAAUGUGUUAUACACACACAUACUAGGUACACACACACACACACACACACACACACACACAUACAUAAUUUAUAAGCCCUCAUGGAAGACUGUCUUUCACUUGCUGCUGGUCACUCUGAUCUCUGCUGCCCCUCGCACUAGCAUCCACUGAAGUCUGUGCUCCCGUUUCUAGAUGUCGCCUCCAGGUGCAGAGGCCCUGGGCCCUGAGGCCCUUUAUCCGGGCACAGGCUCCUGGAGGUGCACAGUGCUCUCCACAGCCCAAAUCCCCGCACUGGGCACAGCAGGAUCUGCCCCCGGGACCCCCAGGGACUUCGUCUCAGGCCGUUUGUCCCAGCCCUUUCCUCUGUCCAUGAGCGCCCUGCACAAAUGAGGGGCAAGUCAAAUACAAGACAGUACAAAGGGAAGAGCACCUUGAUAUCUAUUCGUAAAAAUUACACUGGCCUUUCCUUGUUCCCUUGGAACCCUCAACCCUUGAGGCCCCCAAGAAUGGUUUCCUAUAAAAAAAAAAAGUCAUAGCCUCACCCCCAUGACUUGGGCCCAGACACCCAGAGCAGCACUUUUCAUAGUGAGCUCAUAGAGCUACCUGGGUCAGUAUUGCUGAGGGAAGUCUGUUAAAAUGCAGGUGCCUCGACCCCCUCCCAGACCUACUGAACUGCUCUCUGGGAAGUGAUGUUUAGCACUGCACUUUUAGAAGUUUUCUCCCUACUACCUCUACCCCAGGACUAUUGUACACACUGACUUUUUAAAAACAGCAUUUAUUAUAAAGUUCACGCAUUUAAUGUGGACAAGUCAGUGGUUCUGAGUGUAUUUUCAGAGUUACGUAACUACUAGAGGCCUGGAGCCAAUCGGAGCCGGCCAGGGGGAGGGAUCGCGGGAGGUUGGCCAGCGCAGGAGGUUGGCUGUGGGAGUGCACUGACCACCAGGGGACAGCUCCUGCGUUGAGCGUCUGCCCUCGGUGGUCAGUGCACGUCAUAGUGACCCGUCGACCAGUUGUCCGGUCAACCAGUCGUAACGGUCGUUUAGGCUUUUAUAUAUAUAGAUUGCCAUAAUCUAAUUUUAGAACAUUUUCAUCAUCCCAAAAGAAAUCCAGAGAAGAUAUAUAAAUGGCCAGUGAGGACAUGAAAAGAUAUUCAACACCAUUAGUCAUUGAGGAAAUGCAAAUCAAAACCAUAAUGAAAUAUCACUUCAUACCCACUAGGAAGGCUAAAAUAAAAGACAGACAGUGACGGGUGUUGACAGGGAUGUGGAGUCCUCGUGCAUGGUUGGUGGAAUUAUAAAAGAGUGCAGCUGCAUUGAAAAACAGUUUGGCAGUUUCUCAAAAUGUUAAAUAUAGAGUUACCAUAUGACCCUGCAACUUCACUUCAAGAGAAUUGAAAACAUAUGCCCACACAGAACUGUAUACCCUAUGUUCCAUAGUAGCAUUGUUUAUAAUGGGCAAAAAAUGGAAAUAACACAAAAGUGCAAUGGAUAAACAAAAUGUGGCAUAUUCAUACAGUGGAAUAUUAUUCAGCCAUAAAACGGGAUGACGUGAUUCAUGCUACCACAUGGAUGAACUUUGAGAACAUUAUGCCAAGCGAAAGGACCAGACACACAAAGUUACAUAUUGCAUAAUUUCAUUUUUGUGAAAUAUCUGAAAUUGGCAAAUCUCUGGCAACAGAAAAGAUCAGUCAUUGCCAGGAGCUACUAGUAUAGGGAGAGGGCAUGGGAAGUGACUGCUAACGGGUACAGAGCUGUGUGGGGUAAUAAAAAUGUUUUGAUUUAGAUAAUAGUAAUGGUUGAAUAAGUCUGUGAAUGUACUAAAAACUACUGAAUUGUAUCGUUAAAAGGGUGAAUUUUACGGUUUAUUAAUUAUUGAUAUAAUAUUAUUAUAAAAACUUUAUAUCCAUUAUAAGUACACUAACAUUUGCAGGGGGGAAAAAUAGCUUGUUGGAUUAACUUUAGGACUGAAAGUCAAAAAUUGGGUGACUAACUCAAAUGAUUUGGCCCUGUUCUCUUCUAAAAAAUGAAGCAAAUUGGUUCAAAACGUCACUUUUAGAGAUCACAUAGUAUCUAUUCCAAUUCUUUACUUUAGGAGGGAGGAUGCUGAGGUUGAGAAGGAGUAGGUGACUUGGCCAGGACCAGAGUCACACCGUCCAAUAGGCCCCACCCAGCUGCCCAUUCCCACCUCUCCCUCCUCCCACCCCAACCCCCUAAAUAGUUGGGAUUCUCUUCUCAGCUGUGGUGAAAGUCAUUGCUAAGGGCGGGAGAGUGUUCUUCAUGAUGUAAGAGAUACAGAGCUGCGUUAGGAACACGCCCCGUGAGGACAGGAGGUGGAGAAGGAAGCCUCUUUGUGUGUCUGCACACGGUCUGCUUCUGUUUUGGGGAUGAUGGCGGUUAGCAGUGUGCGUCCUGGGAUAACGAUGAGAAACAGGGCAAGGGGCGGGAACGGACUUUUGGGCCACAGUUGCAGGGUCACGGAGGACGUUAAGCGUGAAGACACUAGGAUUCAUCAGAACAGAGGAAUGUUGGCUGAAUGGGAAGGAUGACCUCCCAGGGCUCUUCCCCCUUUUUCUUUCAUUUUUUAAAAUAUUUUUUUAUUUCAGAGAGGAAGGGAGAGGGAGAGAGAGAGAGAAACAUCAAUGAUGAGGAUCGUUGAUCGGCCGCUUCCCGCACACCCCCUACUGGGGAUCGAGCCCGCAACCAGAGGAGGGCGCACCGAGACAGGCCUCGCUCUGAAAUACUUUCUGCGCAGAGGGUUCCCCGGGGGCCGAAAUGCCUCUGUGCCCCAGGUGCUCAUCAUCAUCACGGAUGGCAGGUCCCAAGGACAGGUGGCACUGCCGGCCAAGCAGCUGCAGGAGAGAGGGGUCACUGUGUUUGCCGUGGGCGUGCGCUUCCCCAGGUGGGAGGAGCUGCACACGCUGGCCAGCGAGCCCAGGGAGCAGCACGUGCUGAUGGCCGAGCAGGUGGAGGACGCCACCAACGGCCUGUUCAGCGCCCUCAGCAGCUCCGACUUCUGUACCUUCGCCUCUUCAGACUGCAGGGUCCAGCCUCACCCCUGUGAGCACAAGACGCUGGAGACGGUCAGGGAGCUGGUUGGCAGCGGCCUAUGCUGGAGAGGAUCGCGGGGGACCGAUGGUGUGCUGGCUGCCCCCUGCCCCUUCUUCAGCUGGAAGAAAGUGUUCUUAACCCACCCCGCCACCUGCUACAGGACCACCUGCCCAGGCCCCUGUGACUCGCAGCCUUGCCGGAAUGGAGGCACGUGUGUUCCAGAAGGACUGGACAGGUACCACUGCCUGUGCCCGCCGUCCUUCAGAGAGGAGGCUAACUGUGCCCCGACACUGAGCCUGGCGUGCAGAAUCGACGUCCUCUUCCUGCUGGCCAGCUCGGCGGGCACCACGCCGGAGGGCUUCCUGCAGGCCAAGGCCUUUGUGAAGCGGUUUGCCCAGGCGUCACUGAACGAGGACUCCCGGGCCCGCGUGGGUGUGGCCCGGUACAGCGGGGAGCUGGAGGUGGCCGUGCCCGUGGGCGAGUACCUGGACGUGCCCGACCUGGUCCGGAGCCUCGAUGCCAUCCCCUUCGGCGGAGGCGCCACCCUGACGGGCAGUGCCCUGCAGCAGGCGGCGGAGCGCGGCUUUGGGAGCGCCAGGACCGGCCUGGACCGGCCACGCAGAGUGCUGGUGCUGCUCACGGAGUCACGCUCCGAGGACGAGGUGGCCGGCCCAGCGCGCCACGCGAGGGCCCGCCAGCUGCUCCUGCUGGGCCUGGGCAGCGAGGCCGUGCGGGCAGAGCUGGAGGAGAUCACGGGCAGCCCAGAGCACGUCAUGGUCUACGCCGACUCGCAGGACCUGUUCCACCAAAUCCCGGAGCUGCAGGGCAAGCUGUGCAGCCGGCCGCGGCCAGGCUGCCGGGCACAGUCGCUGGACCUGGUCUUCCUGCUGGACGCCUCGGCCUCCGUGGGGCCCGAGAAUUUCGCCCGGAUGCAGAGCUUCGUGAGGAGCUGCGCCCUCCAGUUCGACGUGGACGCCGACGUGACACAGAUCGGCCUGGUGGUGUACGGCAGCCGGGUCCAGACAGCCUUUGGGCUGGACACCCACGUCGCCCGCCCCGCCGUGCUGCGGGCCACCAGCCAGGCCCCCUACCUGGGCGGGGCGGGCUCGGCAGGCACCGCCUUGCUGCACAUCUACGACAGGGUGAUGACUGUCCAGAGGGGCGCCCGGCCUGGCGUCCCCAAGGCUGUGGUGGUGCUCACCGGGGGCCGAGGGGCGGAGGACGCGGCCGUCCCCGCCCAGAAGCUGAGGGACAAUGGCGUCUCUGUCUUGGUGGUGGCCGUGGGGCCCGUCCUGAGCGAGGCGCUGCGGAGGCUCGCGGGCCCCCGGGACGCCCUGAUCCACGUGGCGGCCUACACGGACCUGAGGUUCCACCGGGACGCGCUCAUCGAGUGGCUCUGUGAAGAAGCCAAUCGGCCCGUCAACCUCUGCAAACCCAGCCCGUGCAUGCACGAGGGCACCUGCGUCCUGCGGAACGGGAGUUACCUCUGCGCGUGCCGCGACGGCUGGGAGGGCCCCCACUGUGAGAACCGGGUCUUGAGAGGAGAUGCCCUCAAGGCAGGAGGGCAGCCACCCAGCCCGCCCCAGCAACUCCGGAGGCCUGGGCACCCCGGACGCUGAAAGGGCGCCUGCCCUCGGCGGAGCAUCCUCUUGGGAGUCCUCUGAGCGCCUGCCUCCAGCUCUGUCCGGAGCCCGCCUGCGCUUUCCUCACCCGGGGAGCAGCCAUGUCCCAGCUGCAGACAGCGCCUCUCGGGGCUCAGUAGCGGCUGAUUUCAAUCGCUAAUGAUGGUGGUGGAGACUCUUGACGUGUAAGUAAACAUUUCCUUUCUAGUUGUGCCCUGUUGAGCUUGUCGCCGUCCCCUUCCCCCUGAGGAGGAACAGGAACUGGAGACUUUUGAUGGCCCGUGGGCAGCUCACGCGGCCAUCGGGAAAUGUUGGGACAGUGAUGCUCACGAGGAGGCAGUGGCUAGCGUGUCGUUCGGACCACCGAAGCGAUGGCAUUUCGAGAUGGAGAAAGUGCAGAACUUCUUCGUUCCCGAAAGACGUCCUAGAUGCGUUCGUGGUUUUCGUUUGAAAAGGGGCUUGAGCGGCAUUUGUGACCUCUGGUGACUGGCUGUGUGUGGGGGGGAGGCGGGGAAAAGGCCCAGAUUGGACAGUGACCGAUGAACCAGCUUGUUUGGCUCAGGGGCUGAGUGUGCAAACAGCCCUGGUUCUGGGGGGGCCAUAUUCUCCUUUAGAGUUUACUUGGGGGGGGUCAUUGUGGGGUGUUUACUGAGUGCUUUUCUUACUCUCCUUUUAGUGGGGGUGCAAAGAGCAAUGGAAUUCUUAAACUCAACAGAUAGAGAAUAAAGAAACUUAGAACGGU